GUAAAUUGUUACGUACUAAAUCAAUAAGACAAGUGUGUUUACCGCUAACAUGGUUUAUAAAUAUGAAUGGUCGGUGGUUCUGUUGUUGCUAUUGUCUAUUGCUACGGACGCCUGGAUCUUCGGCAAAGAGGAUAACAAGACCCCCGGGCAGACGGGGAGUAGUGGGGAUAGGAAGCCCUCUGGAGGGACACAGCCGGGGGAGGCAAGGGACGACAAACAGCCCCCGAACAGGAUCAACAUUAGAUUAGCCUUCCGACAAAUAUUACGCACGUGUAAAUCUGAGCACAACUACCUGUGUGGGUUCGAUCCCCGGCACGAGAUGCAGGAUGCCCGGUACCCCCGCUGUGUGCCCCUGGACCGCCGCUGUGAUGGCACACCAGACUGUCCCCUUGCCGAUGACGAGCUGGGUUGUGAGCCCGCGUGCGGCAAGAACCAGGUACGGUGUCCUGAAGGGGGCUGCGCCACAGCCUGUGAUGGUCUCGCCGAGUGCGCGGACAUCCAGGACGAGAUACACUGUGCGCCACUGUGUCAUGACGGGGAGGUCCGCUGUCCAGACGGCAAAUGCGCGGUCAUCUGUGAUGGCGUCGUGGAAUGUUCCGGUCGGGAGGACGAGGCCAAUUGCACCAGGAAAUAUGGGACGUGUCCGAGCGAGGAGGAGGUUAUCUGUGCCGACCAUUCCCGAUGUGCUCAUGUGUGUAACGGGAUACCAGAGUGCCCAGGCGCGGCCGACGAGAUCAACUGCUUGCCCAAGUGUCCGAGCGAUUUUCACGUGAUCUGCCAUAAUGGCGCAUGCGCACGGCCAUGCGACGGAAAUCAUGAAUGUGAGAACGUGACGUCCCAAGGCUCACCAGACGAGAUUUUCUGCAAGCUUACACCAUGACCAGUUACGUUGGCUCUGAAUCAUCGCCGUUGUUUAAGAUAUACCCGAUAGUGGUUUCUCUGCAGUUUUAGACACUAGUUCAACUUUGUACCUUUACAAACAGCAUUUUUUUUCGAUUUCGAUAU